CUGUGUGCCUAGUGUGUCAUUAUCAUAUAACAUCAGACACGGAAAGCCACGUACUUAUGACACCACGGCGAAAACAAAUGCAUCCAUUGCCAAUAUGUAGCUAAUAUAUAGGUAGUACAACAAUACAAGCAUAUACAACAGAAUGAUACGGAGGAAACGACACACAGCCAGAUACGUGGUGGGACGAUGUUUCAUCUCUAUGCCCCAGGUGUGUUUUAACUUCGACAGUGAUCAGUGUCAAAUUGGAUAAAUUGUUUGUGUGAUUAUAUAUAAAACUACGUUCCUUUAUCAACAGAAGUGGGUGCCGUUACAACGCCAGUAUUGAUGUAUCGAUGAUGUAUCUACCGCCUUCCAGUAUUCACUUUACACAUUGUACUGGCGAGACGGAUAUAGGGGAUCUUACUAAAGAUAUCGACUUAGAGAGACUGACAGCAAAGUUCGAGAAUAAGGGCACGUUACCUAAAAUACAGGUAGUCGAAAAAGAUGGCCAUUAUUUCACCUUAAAUAAUAUACAACUGCAGGUGUUCAGGAAGUUGGAAGAGAAGGGACACUGUCAAAAUGUAAAGGUCGAGGUCAUAGCCACAAAAAGAGUGCCUGUGGCGAUAAGAGACCUGAUGACCCUCCCUCCCGAACUGGACCUAGAACGAGACGGCUACUCUACAGAAUCCCAUCGACUGGGAAAGAACGGUUCAUCUAACGACAACGAUUCCGGUGAAGAAGACGAAGAGGAUGAUGAGGAAGAUGAUAGCACUGUCACUUCCUGUUCUGUAGCCUCUAGCAGUGAAACUGAUACGAGCGAUGAGGAUGAUAAAGACGACGAUUCUUAUGACAGCAGUACAAGUGGCAGUGUAGUGGAAGAAAUAGAGGAGGAGAGGGAGAGUCUUCUAUAAUGUGUUAGUGUACGAUGAUAUAUAGAGAUAUAUAAACAGUUGUUGACAUCUGCAAAGGAAAUGACUGAAUAUACAAACACGGUCGAUAACUUUCCGAAAGGAAUGUUUUGUCGUUAUUUGUGUUCCCCGACAUAAGUUUGUCAGGACUUCAAUGCGCCAUUGCCGAUUGUUGCUAGAAUAAUAUGUAAUGUAUUUUUGAAAUAAAAAGUGCGUCUGUAAUGAUA